UCGCAACCCUCUCGCGCAUAUCUGCGCACCCACAUCCUCCGCAUCUCCACCUCCAUCUCCGACCACAGCGACAUCUCCAACUGCAGACAAAGCUAUACCCCCGCCACUCCUCCUCCUCUUUCGCACAAGCUUCCCAACAUCCCCAUUUUCCAAGCAAUCAAGGACCAUGACCCGAACAGUCUAGCUGUAAUCCACAGCCUCAGCCGUCGCACCUUCACCUACGGAAAUCUGAUCGGCGAUGUCCUCCGCGCGCGCGAAGAUCUGCGCCGCAAAGCCGGGCCCAAUCUGGCCGGCGAGCGCGUCGGCUUUUUGGCUGAAAAUAGCUAUGAUUAUGUUGUAACAAUGCUAUCAAUCUUCGCCAGCAACGCAAUCGCCCUCCCACUAUCCCCCGCAUUCCCAACCAGCGAAUUGCAAUAUAUAAUGGACAAUUCCUCCGCAAAAGUCCUCCUCGCUACGGAAAAAUAUGCCGAGAAAGCAGACCAAGUGCUUGUCUCGGGAUUAGCGCGCGAGCCAGUCUUUGAUAUUCGCUCCAAGUUGACUACCGGCGCUGACCCGAGUGAAUCAGCCCAGCUGGAACUGGAGCCGGAGUCUGAGUCUGAUAAAUUGGACCCAACUGUUUCUGGGAUGAUGCUUUAUACUUCUGGAACUACGAAUCGACCGAAAGGCGUCUUAAUCCCCGAAUCCGCCCUCGCGGCCCAAGCACGAUCACUCCUCCAAGCAUGGGAAUACACACCACAGGACCGCCUCCUCCACCUCCUCCCACUCCACCACAUCCACGGCGUCGUAAACGCAAUAAUAACACCCGUAUUCGCCGGCUCAUCCAUCGAAUUCAUGUACCCCUUCAACACAGACGCCGUCUGGAGACGACUAGCGGAGCCAUUCUUGCAACCCAGCAGCAGCGGCGGCGGCGGCAGCAACACUGCCAGCAACACUACCACCGCAUCAAAAAUAACCUUCCUAACCGCCGUACCAACAGUCUACAACCGUCUAAUGGCCUCCUAUCCAACUCAACCACCCUCCAUCCAAAAAGCGGGCCAAGAAGCCAUUUUCCCCACAAACCUCCGCCUCAACAUCUCCGGCUCCGCAGCCCUACCCACACCGACGAAAAGUAAAUGGACAGAACUAAGCAAGGGAAACGUCCUCCUCGAACGCUUCGGAAUGACAGAAGUCGGGAUGGCGCUUAGUUGCGGGUUGAGCAGGGAUGAUCGCGUGGAUGGGAGUGUGGGGUGGGCUUUGCCGGGUGUGGAGGCGAGACUUGUUGAUACGGAGACUAAUGAGGUCAUACCGAAUGGGGUGGAGGUUGAUGAUUGUGGGAGACCUGUUGAGGGGGAGAUUCAGUUACGAGGCGAGACGGUGUUUCAUUCUUAUUGGGGGAAUGAGAGUGCUACGAGGGAGAGUUUUGUUGAGGACGGGCAAGGUAAGCCCUGGUUUAAGACUGGGGAUGUUGCCAGUCGGAGGAUUGUAGAUGGGGCAGGGAAGGGGGAGAGUGGUGAAUGGGCACAGGGUCCGAUGUAUUUCAUUUCCGGCCGGAAGAGCGUGGAUAUAAUUAAAAGUGGCGGGGAGAAGAUCAGUGCACUCGAGGUGGAGAGGGAGUUACUUUCUCUACCCCAAAUCGCCGAAGCAGCCGUCGUCGGUCUCGCACACGAACAAUGGGGCCAGAAGAUCGCCGCCGUAGUGGUGUUGAACCCGGGCGCGGCGAGUAGUGGGCGCAAUGGGAAGUCCUGGGGGCCGAUGGAUAUGCGGCGGGCGUUGAAGGAUCGGUUGGCUGGGUAUAAAAUUCCGCAGGAGAUGAGGGUUUUGGAGGGUAUUCCUCGGAAUGCAAUGGGGAAGGUUAAUAAGAAGGCUUUGAUUAAGGAGGUUUUUGGGUGA